UGGACCACAGUAGUCAGCAGCGCUAUUACAUCCAGGCUGAAGUACUGGAACCAGUAGAGUUCAUGGAGAGCCGAUUUGAGGUGCUUUGCUCCUUUAUACCGCAUCACAAAUUCUGACUCCCUCGGUUUUCCUCAUCGGUACCUCGCAACAAGCAUGGGGGCUUCCAGUGUGUUCCGACCGGGCUUGUUCAACCAUAAAGUUGCAAUAGUGACGGGUGGAGGCACCGGGAUCGGUAAAGCUAUCUCUGCGGAGCUGCUGGAGCUGGGCUGCAGUGUGGUGAUCUCCAGCAGAAAGGCAGACAGGCUGGAGGCAGCAGCUCGGGAGAUGAGACAGAAAAUCCCUCCCUCCAGUCCUGCAAGUGUCACUGCUCUGCCCUGUAACAUCCGCAGCGAGGAGGAGGUGAAGGCUCUUGUGUCAUCAGUGCUGAAGCGAUAUGACCGUAUAGACUUUCUGGUGAACAAUGGAGGAGGUCAGUUCAGAAGCCCUGCAGAAGACAUGUCCUCUAAGGGCUGGAAGGCUGUGAUAGACACCAACCUGACAGGAACCUUCCACUGCUGCAAGGAGGUCUACACAGCAUGGAUGAAGGAGCACGGAGGCGCCAUCGUCAGCAUCAUCGCCAACAUGUGGAACGGCUUCCCAGACGCGGCCCACACAGGAGCAGCGAGGGCAGCGGUGGAUAACUUAACUAAGAGUCUCGCCAUCGAGUGGGCAGCCUCGGGGGUCCGAAUCAACGCUGUUGCACCAGGUAAAAUAUUUUCCAAAACUGCGAUGGAGAACUAUAAAGAGAAUAGACCAGAUCUUUUCAAGAUGUCCGUUCCAUUCACUCCUUCGAAGAGGCUGGGAGUGCCCGAAGAGGUCUCAUCUGCAGUGUGCUUCCUGCUCUCUCCUGCUGCUUCCUACAUUUCUGGAGCCACGUUGAAGGUCGAUGCGGGACAAAGUUUGUAUACGUCCAUGUGGAAGAUACCGAACCACAGUGCAUGGCCUGAAGCUCCAGAGGGGGAGAACCUGGAUGCUCUGAAUGAACUAGUCGACCCAAAAAGCAAACUCUGAUUCACUCAUGGGAUGCACGAGAGCACAAAAUCCCCACGCCAAAAGCCAUCGUGGACUCUGAGCCACAAGCAUUAUCAAGCACACCGACGUGGCCUGGUUAGAAAGUCUGUAUUUGUAGUGUGUGACUGAUUAUUGAUUAUUAAGAGUCUGCACAUAAUUGCAUGUAAUUAAUAGCACUACAAGUGUCCAGAGGUAAAGAUUUGUAACAUUCCAGCUGCUGAAAUGUACAUAUUGUUUUUCUUUCCAAUGCUCUUGUCAGUAAGUCAA